GAUGAGGUUAAGUUGCUGUAACUUGGGAAAUAAAUUGUCCGUGAUUUCUAUCUACUAGCCGCCUUGCUUUACAUAUUUAAUGAUUCUUUGACGCUUCCUUUGAUUGAUAAGGCUUAUUUGCAACGACACUGAAUUGAGAGGAAAAUGUUCCCACUAAAAGAUGCCCAACUUGGAGCCUUCACUUUUUUUGCUUCGGCGCUUCCACACGAUGUGUGCGGCAGCAAUGGUCUUCCGCUCACCCCAAACUCCAUUAGGAUUCUAGGACGAUUCCAAAUCCUCAAGGCCAUCUCGCACCCCAGGCUCUGCCAAUAUGUGGACAUGUUGCGUGGAAAACAUGAAAGGCUGGUGGUCGUCACUGAGCAUUAUGAGAGAAGCUUGGAAGAUCUCUUAAAGGAAGGAAAGCCAAUCAGUCCUGGAAGGGUGCUCCAAAUAGCUUUUGAGGUGUUGGAAGGGCUGGAAUACAUGAACAAGUACAGCAUGGUCCAUCAAGCGCUUGCACCACAUAAUAUUCUUCUGAAUUGUGAGGGUCACGUUAAAUUGGCCAAGUUUGGACUGUAUCACAUGACUGGUUACAAUGCUGAUGUUGACUUCCCUAUUGGGUACCCUUCAUACUUGGCACCUGAAGUCAUUGCCCAGGGCCUGGUGAAGUCCACUGAUCACAAUCAGAGCGACAGAUCGUCACCCUCCGGUCCUAAGGUCGAUGUGUGGUCUCUUGGUUUAAUAUUAUUGGAACUUUGUGUGGGUCACAAACUGCUCCAGAAUGUGGAUAUUUCUGAAAGGCUAAAAUUUAUCCUAAACCUCGGUUGUGUGGAUGAUAUCUUGACUGUGAUAUCAGAAGAGCAUGGCUGCUUGGAGAUUACCAUGGAUUUACCCAAGGAUGUUCAAACAUUGUUGAAAAAAUGCCUGACCUUCCACCCAUCCAAAAGGCCAACUCCAGCUGAACUGUUGCAAGAUAGUUUAUUCACUGAAGUUUCUACUUUGUACAAGCCAUACCGCAAACCUGAUGGUCUCUUUACAUCCUCUCUGCGCUGUGCUGAUUUAAUCAUCCCCGAGGACCUGGGCACAUUCUAUAAAGAUGAAGAUUAUCUUUCGGAAAGAACUAUUGAUGAAGUCUAUUAUCUUUGGUGUUUGGCCGGAGGGGACUUGGAGAAGGAACUCACAAUCAAAGGAAUCAUUCGCUCCAAACCUCCAAUUUGUACACUGUCAAACUUUAUAUUGGAAGAUGGAGAAAGUUUUGGACAAGUAAGGGAUAGAAGUUUCCUCCUGGAUGAUACCACACUGACACUGCCAUUAUGCCAACUCAGAAAUAGAUUGAAAGAUGUCGCUGGAGAAGCAUUUUAUCCUUUGCUGGAAGAUGAGCAGUCAACUAUAUCACCUUCCAACAGCAACCAUGACCUCACUGCAGCAGCCACCCUGCCCCUCAUUAUAAGAGAGAAAGACACUGAGUACCAGCUACACCGAAUCAUUCUCUUUGACAGACUGCUAAAGGCAUAUCCAUACAAAAAGAAUCAAAUUUGGAAAGAAGCCAGAGUGGACAUUCCUCCACUAGUACGAGGUUUGGCCUGGGCAGCACUACUCGGCAUAGAGGGUGAUAUCCAAGCAAAAUAUGAUGCAAUUGACAAGGAUACACCAAUACCGACUGAUCGACAGAUUGAGGUGGACAUUCCACGCUGCCACCAGUACGAUGAGCUGCUGUCAUCACCAGAGGGCCAUAGAAAGUUCAGGCGUGUGUUAAAGGCCUGGGUAGUCUCCCAUCAGGAACUAGUCUACUGGCAAGGUUUGGAUUCCUUGUGUGCACCGUUCCUGUAUUUGAAUUUCAACAAUGAAGCCUUGGCGUAUGCUUGCAUGUCUGCCUUUAUUCCCAAAUACCUGUAUAACUUCUUUCUGAAGGACAAUUCUCACGUCAUACAAGAGUAUCUGACAGUGUUUUCCCAGAUGAUUGCUUUUCAUGACCCAGAGUUGAGUAACCAUCUCAAUGAAAUUGGCUUCAUUCCAGAUCUUUAUGCCAUUCCAUGGUUUCUCACAAUGUUUACACAUGUGUUUCCUUUGCACAAGAUCUUCCACUUAUGGGACACAUUACUCUUGGGCAACUCCUCAUUCCCGUUCUGUAUUGGGGUAGCCAUUCUACAACAGUUGCGAGACAGAUUACUGUCCAAUGGAUUCAAUGAAUGCAUUCUACUGUUUUCAGACUUACCAGAAAUUGACAUUGAACGUUGUGUGCGAGAAUCUAUCAAUCUUUUCUGCUGGACACCGAAAAGUGCUACAUACAGACAGCAUGCCCAACCGCCCAAGCCUAUAUCUGAUGGCAAUGGAGUGUCUCGACCAUCACCCUACUAUUCUGCAGACUAUCAGGACUUGCCCAAGACUGAUCUCUCUCGUGAAUCCAUUCGAUUAAAUGAACUGAAGACUGAAGUAUCACCACGGAUUUCUGCAGAAGAUCUAAUUGAUCUUUGUGAGUUGUCGGGACCCACAAGCUCCAAGAUGCCCACAAAAAAGACAAAAUCGGGGAAGCCAAAACUACUAGUGGUGGACAUUCGCAGCAGUGAGGAAUUCACUCGUGGUCACAUCAGUGGCAGCAUAAACAUUCCAUACAGUUCUGCCUUUAGCCCGGAUGGUGAGCUGAUCCAGUGUGCCUCCACCAGCUUGUUGCAGAGUUUUAAGGGACGCGUUGUUGUCAUUGUGGGGAACAUCGUCAGGCAUGCAGCUGAUUUCACAGCUCAUUUAGUGAAGCUGGGUUACCCGCGAGUCUGCAUCUUGGAUGGAGGCAUCAACAAGAUGAAGCCAACUGGAUUACUCAUGGUCCCCUCACCUCAGAUCUGAACCUUUCCAUUCACAAUGGAAUGAAAAGUUUAGACCCUACUGACACAAUGACAGCAUCAGCACUAAAGCAAGAGGAACGCUGGCAGUCGAAAUUUAAAACUCCUCUCUGUGAAUCAUUAGCUGUGCAUACUCAGUAACCUGUGAUGUAGUGACAUCAUCAAAGUUGACACCAGUGGUCACCCAGGACAUAAUCUGAAGGAUGGCAGUUUCUGAUGCCCAGCACUGACUGAGUAAAAGUACACAUCUGAGUGCCAUGCAGCUAUCGGAUCCAUUGUGAAUCAAAUCAUUGUUUCUACGAAAAUGAGACUGUAUCAAUGAUUGUGAACGGUGAUUUUAAUGGAAUAUUCCAAACCAUCUUUAUUUAAAUAGUAUACACCAAAGAAAACUUCUCUAUUUCCUAUUUGUCAAUUGUUUUGGGAUCUGAAACAGCAUAAAGAGAUCUAGAGUAAAAUUUUGGCUGUCCUUCUGCAGUAAGCAGGUUAUUACAAAGAGCCUCUUUAGCUCUAACUCCAGAAGGAACAAUACAAUUACUGCUUUUAAAUUAGCUUUUCAUAAAGGUCUUUCCCAUAAUCUAAAUGACCAGUUAAGUACUGAAAGGGCUUCACCAUAACUUUAGCUGGAAAAUGUUCAUUUCAGAGAAUCCUGGCUUCUCUGACACUUGUCCUUAAAAUUUUGUUUCGAACUUUAACUGAGGUCUCUAUUUUUCACGUUCUUAAGCUUUAAAUUGCCUAAUAGUGUGAGUGCAUGUGAUUGUAUGAUCUUUCUCCUUAAAUACAGUGCCCAACAGGGAAUCAUUUCAAGUGCACUCUGUCACAAAACAUAGCAUUGUUUACAGAAUCUAAUACGCCUGAUGCAUGCAGUUCGAAUGCACUUCUGAAAGGUAAAGUAUCCAACUGUCUGCCUUCAAAUCCCUGAUUUUCUUUGUAUUACUACUUACCUGAAAAAAUACAAAUCCAUAAAGCAGUAUCAUUCCACUCCAAAGGGCACUGGGAAUGUAGUAACUGGAAUUCCAUUCAGUCCUUGGAUCUGUUUCAUUAUUUACAGGGAUGAUGGCUGUGCUGUCGCUCAACCCCACUUACCCAUUUUUUUUCCUAUGUGCAUUGACGGAGACAGUAGACAAAGGGAAAAAUUAGAGCAACAUGAAAGAAAGCUGCUUCCUCAAUGGACAAAUUCAAUGCGUCAACAAGUUUGGCUCUUGGUGACCUAACCCCCUGCAAAAAUAAAAUCUGAGAUUAUUCAUUUCUCCCACCAAACUGUCCGAGGCUAGUGUCAUUCCUGACUGGCAAUGGCAUCAUUUCAAGCCACUCAGAUUUAUGAUGCCAAUUUGAAAUGAUAUCAAGCUUCCAUUGGGAAAUGCUCACUCAGAAAUUCUGUUAUACUGCUGUGAUAUUUCUAGAGCAUCCAUUUAAAAUGUGUGGUCAGUAGGGAAGAGCAGAGUGAUGGGCCGAGUUAUUGUUUGCUUUGUGGGACAAUCACAAUGCAGAAUCAGUCACAGGCAGGUCAUUCCAGGAAGAGGUGCAUGAAAUGAACCUCCUAAAGGUUGGUGUGAAGAGGGAUUGGAAUGGAGAAUCAAUGUAAGGGCAGAAAUGACCCACUCCCAGUAAAUAGCACAACAGCGAUAAUAAUGGAACCUGGGUCUGCCCAUUUUAUGGUAUAUAUAUAUAUUGUACUUAGAAGGCCAUUACUCAAAUUGUAAAACACAAUGUUCAAUUGCUUUCUAUCCUUAAGAGUUUCACUGCAUUCAUUAACACUGUUCAGGCUUCUUUACUUGUAGAGGGUGAUUUGUAGAGGAAGGAAAUGUUGAGAUUCUUGAGAUUAAGCUUUCAACAGAUCCGUUAGCAUCUGUGGCUUCAGCAAACAGUUUAGUCUUGCAGAGGUGGACCCUUCUGAACAGGCAAAAUGGGAUUCGGAAAAGUUCGAGCACCGAGGAAUGGCAUAGAAACAUUGAUCAGGAAAGAAGUAGACUGUCUGUAUUGCUAGAAUAGGCUCCUGGUUAGUUAAGAGGGCUGGCGUAUAGUUCAGAAUGGCUUCAAGAACAUUUUUCAGUCCCGUUGCAGUGAAGAUCAACUUGGGAUUUACUUCCUUGACCUGCCUCCAAGAGUGAAAGGCAAUAGCAAACCACCCCUGACAAAAACAGCCAAGGAGACCAUUUUAGGUUGAGGCGCCAGCAGAUAAGGAGCUCAGGAGCUGCCUUGAGAGCACAGUGUUUAUGGAAUGGAUACAAAGCCACAAUGAUCACAGAGAGUGCACUGAGUAUGCAGAUUAAAUAAAUCAACAGGUCUCAUUGUCUGGGGAAAGAACUUUCACAGAAAAUUGCCACCAUUAUGUGCUGCAAAAUUUGUGUGAACCAGUGGCAAGAGGUAGUAAUGAUACUUGAUUCUGCAAGGUGAGGUAUUUUUGCAUAAAAUCUUAUAAAAUGCAAUGCACAAAUACUACAUCAAACAACACAUCCCUUUGACCACC